UCACAUGUGCAGUUCUGUUCAAUGAGAGCGCGGCCGUCCUUCUAUCAACCAAUCAGCAUCCAGGAAACGCUAACCCGGAAGUCAAAGCUGUACCAAUCGAACACAUGUACCUCUGGACUGUGGUCAUAUUUGAGUCCUUUUUACGCACAUGUUUGUGUUUUAUGAAGCACCUCGUGUCUGACAAUUACAACGACAGUGGUAGUAACUCAGACAAGUGUGUUUUUAGAUUCAUUGUCCGAGCCGUAAAUGUUGAGGCUGUUAGCUGCUGUAGCUGUUAGCCGUUGAGUAUUAGCUGCUGUGGCUAACUGACCCUGGUCUGGUCCAGACUGAUGUCAGCCAUGGAACCCGCAGCUCUGGUGGCUCCAGUCACAGCUCUGGAGUUUAUUCAGGACCAGUAUCUGCUGGCAGGUGAAGGACCGUUGUUAACAGUGUACAGCCUUUGGCCACGCCCUAAAGCCUGCACCUCACUGAGCGUGCUCCAACACUACAGGAUUCAUGGGAUACGACCGAGAAUCCAUUCAGCAGUUCGACCACAGAACAACAAGAAGGAAGAAGGUCUGACCCCGUCCACUGAGUCCACCGUCUAUGACCUGGUUGUGUUUGGAGGGAAGGCAGUGAGGCUGGUUCGGCUCCACGUGGACCAGCAGCAUCUGGAGGCCCGGGGGCCCCUGGUGGAGCUGCAGGACUGGGCUCUGGAUGUGCGCUGGCUCUCAGGGGACGGACCCCCUCUGCUCUGCGUGGCCUUGGCCCACAACAGGGCUCUGCUCCUGGACGCCAACACCAGGACCCCCCUGUUCCAACGCUCCUGUGUGGAGGGCUGCCUGCUGUACUCCACCCUCCUGCUGGUCCACCAAUCCUGGGCUGAUACUGUGUUAGUGGGCGGGACCGUUUUCAACCAGCUGGUCCUGUGGAAGCCCGGAGAGGAGGGGGGAGGUUCUGAACAUAAGGCCCCGGUGCAGAGGCGUCUGCUGGGCCACAGCGGGGUCAUCUUCAGCGUCUCCUACCUCCAGGACGAAGGCUGCCUGGCUUCGGCCUCAGACGACCGCAGUGUGAGGGUGUGGGGCGUGGGCGCUUUGGGGGGGCCUGGGGGGUCAUGUGGAGACCCUGACCCGGUCUGCUUAAGGGUUCUGUACGGUCACCAGGCCCGGGUGUUCUCGGUCCGCCUGGCCCCGGGGCAGGUAUUCAGCGCCGGGGAGGACGGGGCCUGUCUGGUCUGGGACGGAGGGAGGGUGAUCCGGACGCUGAAGGGACAUCGAGCCGGCGGCGUCCGGGCGCUCGCUGUCAGCGACGGAACCGUAGAUGAGGACAGAUGGGUGGCGACGGGGGGGGCGGACGGAGGGGUGAGGGUGUGGAGGGUGGAGGCCAAUGACGACAGGAUGGGGAAGGUGGAGGAAACGGCAGAAAAACUGACAGAUCUGAAGUUUAGUGGAGACGGCGUCCCAAAAGUGGUCUGUCCAGCGGACGAGGACGACUCCGACUGGAGCCAGAGCGGGUUUGUGGUUUGCACUGACCUCGGAUCAGUUUACCGGUACAGGAAUGGACUCUGGGGCCUAGUUUGGAGAGGACCCUCGGACUUCCAGUCGUACUGCGUGAUGGAAACAGUCAGCGUUCGAGUCAAAUCCUCUUGGGUCCAGAUUUGCGCCGUUGGAAACCUCAGCGGGUCGGUGUUCGUCUUCCCCGUGUCACAUCCUCAAUCUGGGAUCCUCCUCAAUGCCGGAUCCGGGAAGAUCCACAGCAUCAUUUGGCAGAAGGAUGAAGGCGGAGGUUUUCUGUUGGCGUCAGGAGCCGAGGGGCGUGUCCACCGAUGGUGCGUUCAGGUGACCUCAGGUGAAAGCUGCCACCUGGUUCUCAGUGCGCUUCCUCUCCCUGGUUUCCUCCUCCCUCUGUGUGUGAAACGCUGGCUGACCGGCGCCGUACGAGUCCGGUCUGGUCCACAGGGGGCGCUGUGGGUCUGCGGGGACAGACGAGGGUCACUGCUGUUGUUUCAGGAAAAAGACGAAUCAAACACAGAUGACGAAGAGAAAGAGAGAAUGGAAGUGACCAAAGGCGGGUUAACCCUGGAGCCGACGAGCGUUCUGUUCGGGGUUCAUGGGAAACAGGGCGUUACCGCGGUGACGGCGUGUGCCGGACUGUUUUACAGCACCGGCAGGGACGGAUGUGUGAGGGUUUUCAGAGUCCGUCAGACAAAACCAGACCACAGAGAAAACAAGAACAGCAGCAGGGGAGCGGCCUCAGGGCUUCAGCUGGAGGUUCUGCGGGUCCAACGGGCCUGUAAAGGAAUGGAGUGGCUGGACCGGGUUUUAGUUUUAGAACCAGAAACCACAGAAGAAGAAGAGGAGGAGGAGGAGGAGGAGGGGAUGAUGGACAACCUGGACGAGGGGACAUUUAAAGCAGAAGACCAUCGGGUUAGAGAGACCAGGUUUGUGAUGGCUGGGUUCCAUGGGGUCCACUUCGUGGUCUGGGACCCGGUGAAGCAGGAGCGUCUGCUGGCGGUUCCCUGUGGGGGGGGUCACCGCUCCUGGACCCUCUGGCCGUCCCUCAAAGGCGUCUGGCCCGGAUACGGCGCUCUGGUGUUUAUCAAACAGGGCGCUCUGAUGGCCUCGCAGCCUCCUGGACCGACUCGGACCGGGACGACGGGCUGGACCCUGAGGGACGGCGUCCACGGGAGGGGGGUCGGGUGUGUGCGACGACUGGGGAGGGUCGGGCCGCCUGAGGGAUUGUGGGAGGUGGCGGUGACGGGCGGAGAGGACACCAGUGUGGCCGUCCUGGCGGUGCGUCCGGACUCCGGAGCCGUCCGGGUCCUGGCGGUCCUGACCGAUCACAUCUCCAGCGUCCGGACCCUGAUGGCGGUGACGCGUCCAGGGGGAGGGGCCGACGGGGACGGCACGCCGUCUCUGUCCGCUGUACUGGUCUCAGCAGGGGGGCGGGCUCAGAUGCAGUGUUACCGGCUGCUGAUUGGCUGGGACCGGCAGAGGGCGGCGCCGUCCUGUCAGGUGAUCCAGGUGGCCCGGCACCGAUUGGACGAGCAGUGGGAGAGGAAGAGGGACCGGCACAAGAUGGUGAAGAUGGACCCGGAAACCAGGUACAUGUCUGUGGCGGUCGUGGAGGAGGGAACAGAUGGUGUCGUCGUGGCUCUGGGCUGCAGUGACGGAGCUGUCAGAUUAUUUUCCAUCUGUGAAACUAAACAUCGCAUCGAUUUACUGUGGGAGAGUUUUCACCACCAGCGCUGUGUGCUCAGCGUCGCCACCUGCAGCCUGGAGGACGCAGAAGGAAACAGGGUUCUGCUGCUGUUCAGCGCUUCAACAGAUGGACAGGUCUCUGUGUGGGAUCUGCCUCCACCUUCCUCCUCUCAGACUCCGCCCCUCCCUUGUCUCAGCUUUCCCGCCCACCAGAGCGGCGUCAACGCAUUGGCUGUUUGGACAGAGGAAGAUGAGGGCGGUUGCCUGGUAACUGUUGCUAGCGGUGGAGAUGAUGGGCAGCUGACAGUGUCUGUGAUGAGGGUGCAGUUCCCACAUGAGGCCAGCAGGGGGACUUCAUCCACAUCUGAGCCCCUGAACCGGAUCCAGGUCCGGCUCCGGUCCCAGGCCCGGGUCCCGCUGGCCCACGCCGCCCCGCUGACCGCCCUCCAGACGGUGCGGCCGGGGCUGCUCGUCUCCACGUCAUCGGAUCAGAGGGUCUGCCUGUGGAGGGUGGGCGGUACCGGCGUCGUCCACAGGGGGGCGGUGUGCUCCCACGUGGCCGACGCUGCAGCGCUGUCAGUGUGGGAGGGGGACGGAGAUCCACGGAGGGAGAGGGAAAGACGAACAGGAGCAGAAACAAUAAGAGAGACAGACGAGAGGACUGAGGAGGAGGGGGAGGGGGAGGGGGAGGGGCUGGGUGAUGAAGAUAAGGGAGGGGGAGGGGCCACGGAGACAGAGACAGGUGACCCAGUUAAUGAGACCAGAGACGGACAGAGUGGAAACCAGAGCCAGAGGGACCACAAGAGGGGGACAGAUGAGGACCGGGUGGACCAGGUGGACCGGGUGGACUGGGUCCUGGUCUGUGGACAGGGAGUCCAACUUCUACGACUCAGACAAACGAACACAUGAUGAAGGAGACGAGGACGGUCCAACAACGUGACGCCUUCACAUCAAAGCCAAACAUCACAGACGUUUAAUUUACGACUGUUUCUGAGUCUGUACCGACGUUUAAUAAAGAGUAUUUAUUCUAGUGCACUGGUGUCAAACAUACGGUCUGUGGACCAGAACCGGACCACCUAAGGGUCUGGUUCUGGUCUGUGGGAGGAAUCUGUGAAGCACAAAAAUUACA